GAAACAAGAUGUGAUGUUGGAAAAUAACGUGGGUUCGAUUGAACAUAAUUUUGAUACCAAAAGGAAUAUUUCAAGCAAUGCAAUAGCAGCAAAUUUAUAUUAUACCUCAAAUUGGGAAGACAGUGACAAUUUUGAUAACUGUGAGAGUUCGGACAAAAAGCUGUUGAUUGGCAAUGAUGGUUGUGGAAUUGAGUGUUGUAUUGAUGAUGUUCAGAAUUUGAUUUUAACCCCAAUUUGGGGAAUGUUUCAAGAAAGUUCGGAAAGUGUUUGUUUUGAAAAAGUAUUAUUUGACGAAGUUUCUGAGAUGUCAGGGCGAAAAGGUAGUAGUUUGAGUUUAAAGCUAUGUAAAUCUAAUUUGAAAAACGAGUAUGAUAUGCAAAACAUUGAAUUGAUGAUAAUAUUUUUGAUUAUGAUUGCUAUAAUUGUUUGCCAAAAUGGGUUUAAAGCUAUACAAAAUUCGUUGUUUCUGUACGAACUGAUGACUGAAAUUUUGACGAGCAUUGCAAAUUUGCAAUUUAUUUUGAUUUUGAGUAAAGGAUGUGCUAAAAAGUUAGACAAUCGCUUUGUUGACGAUUUUUGUGGUCGGCAUGAUCAAAAAUUUGUGGACGAUUGCUGGUUGUUAAAUGACAAAGUUGGCAAACCGCUAUAUUUGCAAAGCGGGAAAUUGAAAUGUUUACAAGUCAUCUAUGCCAAAUCAUUAAAUCUGUUUUUGGAAAGUCAUAUUUGGUACACAAUUGAGAAACAACAAGUGUUGGACAGGAAUCUUAUUAAAAGCAUCAAACCAAAGCUGUUGGUUUGUUUGCUUGAAUGUAAUUGUUUGCUGGACAGUUUGGCAAUAGUCAUUGUGUUAUUCAUAUUUUUGAGAUUAGUUUUCUCAAUUUGUUUGCUAAGAAACCUUAUUCGCGGGCUGACGAAAGUGACGAAUGGAGAAUUCCAUAAUUUUAGUUUGUUGGUCAUUUGUUCAAUUCAGUUCAUUAAUUUUAUUCAAGACGAUGAUUGUCUGUCAUGGAAAUUUAGUUUAAUUUCAAAUAGUUGUGUGUGCAAUGGUACAUUGAAUGAAAAGCAAAUUAUAAACAAGUUAAACUAUAGCAUACCUAAAACUAAAACUUUUCAAGAGAAGUGUUUGACAGAUGAUCAGAUAGUAGAUGUGGAAACUCAAUGGUUUCAAUGGAAACUUUUUGAAAGGGUGGUGAAUGAGGUAGUCUCUUUAACUUGGGGCUGA